AAAUUGGGUGCUGAACUCGGGACAGAAUGAACUCAAACCCCGCGCGAUCGCCUUGGCUCUGCAAUGAUGUACAUCUGCGCGCGCCAGCAGCGUACGUGCGCAGCCCAUUUCCGAGCAGACCAGUUACCAAAGGACUGAAUCAAGGGCCCGGGGGUCAGCCACCUCGCUGCAACAUUGCUUCCCGCGUGCAUGGAACCCUGCGGGCUGCUGCUGAGGCCCUGGCACCACUCGCGCACUGUUCACACAGCAGUGCGUCUACACAUUGCGCGUCCACACUUAAGCCCGACCAAGGCAUUCGCUGCUAGCUCUGCUGCGCCGCGCUGCUGGGCUCGGCGCCUGGCGCCGCACUGCCUCCGCGAGCCUGCCUGCCGCGCCUGACGUGCCGCACUUCAGCCCGACCUCCCGGCCGCAACAUCGUGACUUAAUGCUGCUGCUGCUGCUGCUGCUGCUGCGCGCGGGGCUUGCGGCGGUGCGCCUGCACAGCAUCGCUACGGUACCUACAAGCGGCCGCAGCAGGUGAGGCUCCCGGCUCGCACGUAUACAUGUGCAGCUGCAGCAGCAGGCCGGGCUGGCAGAGGUGAUGGAGCUGCACGCCGCCGCAUUGGCCGCCGCAGCGCUGGCACCUGCUCGCUCCUCCAUCACGCCACCGUUCAGCUGCAGGUACAGCAUGAUGGCCGCCGCCACCUACGCAGCGAGCAGCGGGUGCAGGUGCAACCCGCCGUGCCCAGAAGUUGCCGCCGUGUAGCUGGCGGCGGCCAUCAUGAUGUACCUGCGCGAGGAUGAGAUGCUGGUAGGUGCCGGCGGCCAGCAAGGGCAGCGGCGUGCACAAGAUCCAGGCGAGCGGCGCCAAUCAAGUCACUCGCACGCGUCGUCGAGUCGGUGGCGAUGGAGACGUGGCAGAUGAGCGGCUGCGCGCUGUACCGCUCGACGUACGGCGGGGUUGCGCACACCGCAGCAGGACUUGGAGCGAGGGAUGGGACCGUGGAUAGAUUGGAACAGCCCCAGGGUGUCAGCAGCAGGUGGGGGAACCGCGAUGAUUAUGGCCAGCAGCGCGCAUCCGCAGCGUGUGUGGAUGUAUGGAGCACUCCUAUGUGCAGUGAGCGAGGUUGAGGUGGGUUGGGGUAUAGCGCGUUCGUUCGUUGGGGUGCUGACCCUCUGGCUCAGCAUUGCUACCGAGCGCCAGCUGUGAGGAGUCGGUGGCUGGGGUAAGUGUGGGCGGCAGGGACAGUAUCAUCAUCUUCCGUUGGCUAGAAGUGCUGUGUUGUGUGCCUGUGGUGGGUGCGUGGCCGUCGUCGCAUCAAGCAACGGCAGGCCAUCUCAGCCAUUUGCUGCUGCCUGUUGCUGCCGCCCCCACUCCCGCUUGGUCUGCCUUUCUGCCCUGCCCACAGCCCCGCCCGCCGCCCGCCGCCCGCCGCCGCCGUGCACCAGGCCGAGCACGACGACCCGGACGCGGCUUUCGAGCCGCUGCAGCGGCCACCUAGCUACCUGUCCGCCGCCCUAUCGACAGCCCAACAUGGAUGUCGAGGACUGGGGACGGGGCGUGUGCCGCAUGUGGACCGCCAUGGGCCACGUGUGCUCCUGUCCGGGCAUGGGUGCACAAUGCGACAGCAGCACGGGCGAAAGCGGCGGGUAGCAGCGUGCGCACUGGUGUGCGAAGGUGUGCGUGUGCGUGGAGGCAUGGGUGGCACAAUUUCAAGCCACCGGCCCAGCCGCCUGGGCACAGGUAUCCAACCAAGGCAUAGGCGUGUUCAGGAAUCAGAGACAGCAUCACAGUAUUAGGGCCAGUUCGGUGUGGAACGUUUGACCGGUGGUGAAAGAAGGCCCGGGGACGUCGGUGGAGAUGAGGGCUCGUGCCGGUGUAUUAUGUUUGUUUGUUUUCUAUUUUUUGAUCCAAUGGAAUGUCAAGGUGCAGGCUUCCAGGAGUUCUCCAGCUCGAGCGGCUGUCGCCACCACCGCAUUCGUUGCCACGAUUCGUUGCUGGACUGGUGGGAUUGCACUUAUUAUUCAAAUUUGAGCUGUAUUAUAACAAGGAUCCUGUAACAGGAGAGACGU